AUGGCUUCGGGAACUUCAGGCCCAGCAGGGCCUCCUCUGGAUCCCGUCAAUCUCAAUGGCGCUAGCGAUCGCAGCAAGAGAGUCGCCUAUUUCUACGACUCCGAUGUGGGAAACUAUGCAUAUGUGUCGGGGCAUCCGAUGAAGCCUCAUCGCAUCCGGAUGACGCACAGUUUAGUGAUGAACUACAGUCUCUAUAAGAAGAUGGAAAUCUAUCGUGCGAAACCCGCCUCGAAAUUCGAAAUGACCCAAUUCCACACCGAUGAGUAUAUCGAUUUCCUUUCCAAAGUGACGCCCGACAACAUGGAGACAUAUGCGAAGGAGCAGAGCAAGUACAAUGUCGGUGAUGAUUGUCCUGUAUUCGAUGGGCUUUUCGAGUUCUGCGGCAUUAGUGCUGGUGGUAGUAUGGAGGGCGCUGCCCGGCUUAACCGCAACAAAUGCGAUAUUGCUGUGAACUGGGCAGGUGGCCUCCACCACGCGAAGAAGAGUGAAGCUAGUGGAUUCUGCUAUGUGAAUGACAUUGUUCUCGGUAUUCUUGAGUUGCUUCGUUUUAAACAACGAGUCCUAUACAUCGAUAUCGAUGUUCAUCACGGUGAUGGUGUUGAAGAAGCGUUCUACACCACAGACCGUGUGAUGACAGUCUCGUUCCACAAGUAUGGGGAGUACUUCCCCGGAACAGGUGAACUGCGAGAUAUUGGCGUUGGGCAGGGUAAACACUACGCUGUCAACUUUCCCCUUCGUGACGGCAUUGAUGAUGUCUCGUACAAGAGCAUCUUUGAACCUGUCAUUAAGAGCGUGAUGGAGUGGUACCGUCCAGAAGCUGUUGUUCUUCAAUGUGGUGGCGACAGUCUUUCGGGUGAUCGCCUUGGGUGCUUCAAUCUCAGCAUGCGUGGCCACGCCAACUGCGUCAAUUAUGUAAAGAGCUUCAAUCUACCAACCUUGAUUCUCGGAGGUGGUGGAUACACUAUGCGCAACGUUGCACGAACCUGGGCUUUUGAGACUGGUAUACUUGUUGGGGACCCUCUGGGAUCCGAUCUUCCUUACAACGACUAUUACGAGUAUUUUGCGCCUGAUUAUGAGUUGGACGUUCGCCCAUCAAAUAUGGACAACGCCAACACGAGAGAAUACCUAGAUAAGAUUCGUACACAAGUUGUCGAGAAUCUCAAACGAACAGCCUUUGCGCCCUCAGUACAAAUGACCGAUGUUCCCCGUGAAUCGCUGGUAGACGGCAUGGAUGAUGAAGCCGAGGCGAUCCUUGACGAUUUGGACGAAGACGAGAAUAAAGACAAGCGAUUCACAAAGCGGCGAUUUGAUCAAUACAUUGAGAAACCUGGUGAGCUCAGCGAUAGCGAAGAUGAGGACGAAAAUGCCGCCAACGGAGUCAGCCGUAAACCAGACCACUUGAAACGACGAAAUCAAAUCAACUAUCGACUCGACCUUGCAGAUUCCGGGGUUGAAAGCGGAAUGGCAACCCCGCAGGAUGCCUCGUCCGUCCCUGAUGAUGAGAUGGACACUGGUGCCGAUGAUAAAAUGACAGAAGCGCCUGAACCUGUGGCUGAGUCUGAAGCACAAGGAACCUCUUCCGCUGCUGAGGCGCCAUCCAGGGCGGACAAUGGAUCUAUUGAAGAGCCUAGUGAAAUGGCAAUCGAUACUAGAGAACCAGCUCUCACUUCUGUCCCUGUUUCUCGUCCAGACUCUCCCAAACCAGACGAAGACACCGCCAUGGAAGACGCAGAAGCCACCGCACUCGAAACAGAGCAGAAGGAUACACCAGCCCCGAGUGAGGCUAAAGACGACAAGCCCGCAGAUGAAACCCCGGCGGUAGAUAAUGCGGCGACCGAGUCCACUCCACAAACGAAAGCCCCCUCUGAGGGCAACGAGGGCGAAGAGCAGAAGGAACCAGAGGCCACGAAGGAAGCGGAACCUACAGAAACAGGCACGACUGAGACCAAAGACAAAACUCCCGAAGCACCUCGGGUAGAAGAAUCUCCUGCGGUAAAACCAGAACAAGAGGCGUCCAGGCCUAAGGAGUCAAGCGCAGAGCCACGACCCGAAGUUGCGCAGAGUGAGGAAUAA